CUGUCGUGGCAUCUGGAGGUGAGUGGUUGUUCGUGGUUUACGCACAGCAGUAUAAUCCGUCGAUUUUCUUACGGAAAAGGUAACAUCGGACGUCAGAUUUAACCAAUAAAGUCUUAUUAAAACUUUAUCAUGGGUAAAGAGAAGAUUCAUAUUAACAUUGUCGUUAUUGGACACGUCGAUUCUGGCAAGUCCACCACCACUGGUCAUUUGAUCUACAAAUGUGGUGGUAUUGACAAACGUACUAUUGAAAAGUUCGAGAAGGAAGCCCAGGAAAUGGGCAAAGGAUCCUUCAAAUAUGCGUGGGUAUUGGACAAGCUUAAAGCUGAACGUGAACGUGGUAUUACCAUUGACAUUGCUUUAUGGAAAUUUGAAACUUCCAAGUACUAUGUUACUAUUAUUGAUGCUCCUGGGCAUAGAGAUUUCAUCAAAAACAUGAUUACUGGUACCUCACAAGCUGACUGUGCAGUAUUAAUUGUUGCUGCUGGUACUGGCGAGUUUGAAGCUGGUAUUUCAAAGAAUGGACAAACCCGUGAGCAUGCUCUGCUCGCUUUUACUCUUGGUGUAAAACAGUUGAUUGUUGGUGUUAACAAGAUGGACUCCACUGAACCACCAUACUCUGAAGUCCGAUUUGAAGAAAUUAAAAAGGAAGUGUCAUCUUACAUUAAGAAAAUUGGUUACAAUCCCGCUGGAGUAGCAUUUGUGCCAAUUUCUGGUUGGCAUGGAGAUAACAUGUUAGAGAUUUCUUCAAAAAUGCCUUGGUUCAAGGGAUGGACUGUGGAACGUAAAGAAGGUAAAGUUGAAGGAAAAUGCCUUAUUGAAGCACUUGAUGCCAUUCUUCCACCAUCUAGACCUACGGACAAGGCUCUCCGUCUUCCUCUUCAAGAUGUAUACAAAAUUGGUGGUAUUGGAACGGUACCUGUUGGUCGUGUUGAGACUGGUGUGUUGAAGCCAGGUAUGGUUGUUACCUUUGCUCCAGCUGGUUUGACCACUGAAGUUAAAUCCGUUGAAAUGCACCACGAAGCUUUGCAAGAAGCUGUUCCUGGUGAUAACGUUGGUUUCAACGUUAAGAACGUGUCAGUAAAAGAAUUGCGUCGUGGUUAUGUAACUGGUGACUCGAAGAAUAAUCCACCUAAAGGUGCUGCUGAUUUCACUGCACAGGUCAUUGUAUUGAAUCAUCCUGGUCAAAUCAGCAAUGGAUACACACCAGUGUUGGAUUGCCACACUGCACACAUCGCGUGUAAAUUUGCUUAUAUCAAAGAGAAGUGUGACCGUCGUAACGGAAAGACCACCGAAGAAAAUCCAAAAGCUAUAAAAGCUGGAGAUGCUGCCAUCGUUAUACUUGUACCAAGCAAGCCUAUGUGUGUUGAAGCUUUCCAAGAAUUCCCGCCUCUAGGACGUUUUGCUGUUCGUGACAUGCGUCAAACGGUGGCUGUCGGCGUUAUUAAAGCUGUCACUUUCAAGGAUAGUACGGGCAAGGUCACCAAGGCUGCCGAGAAGGCCCAGAAAAAGAAAUAACUAGUUUCCGUACAUGUGUAUCGCCAGAUGGGCUUCGGCAUAUAGUAGCUGAAGUAGUUUACGUUCUUUCUUCAUGUUCCUCGCACGAGAGCAACGUUAUGUCGUUGCCAUUGGACACUGCAAUAUUUUUUACGAAAUCGCGACCAAUAAUUAAGGAUAAUAGAAUCGGUAAAGAAUCGCGACGACUGGCAUUUUGUGUGCAUGUAAUUGCAUAUUCGCCACAUUUUUUUGAUAUUCGUAUAUUCCAUUUAUCCAAAUGGUUACUCCGUCACUUUUCUCACCGUAAAGAAUUUCGUAGGAAAGAUGAAAGUAGCCAACAAUGGUGUACAAACAGAUGUUUUUCUCGCCUGUGAGUUCCAUAAGAGAAGAAAGUGAACUAUGUUAAGCUACUUAUAACAUCUGUUUCACAAGAACAUUAACAAACAUCAUAAUUUAGCUCGGCUUAAUUAUAUUUUCUAAUUAUUAUACGGAAAUAAAUCCUAUAUCUGCGAUAUUCGA